ACAUGACGCUAUAUCUAAGGAAAAGACACAUGCUGUCCGUCAAUACUUUGUUAGAUGGAUGUAUGAGGCAAAUGUUGCUUUCAACGCCAUUGACAAUGAAAGUUUCAGGUUGUUUUGUGAAGCUUUGGGACAGUUUGGACCUGUUUGGGUGCCUCCAAGUCAGUAUCAGCUUAGAGGACCAUUGUUAAUUGAGGAACAAAAAAAGACCAAGGAAAAGUUGAAGAGUCUAGAAGAAGAAUGGGAAACAGAAGGCUGCUCAGUGAUGACCGAUGCAUGGAGUGAUAUGAAAAGAAGAAGCAUAAUGAAUUUGUGUGUCAACUCAAGGGGAGGUACAUGUUUUCUUUCAUCAAAAGACACCUCUUAAGAUUCUCACACGGGGGAAUACAUAUUCAAUUACAUUGACCAGUGGAUUGAAGAUAUAGGAGCUGCAAAGGUAGUGCAAGUGGUCACUGAUAAUGCUACAAAUAACGUGGCAGCUGCAAAGAUGCUAAAACAAAAGAGACCAAAUAUAUUUUGGACAGGUUGUGCUGCACACACUAUAGAUCUGAUGCUCGAGGGAAUUUCUAAGCUUCCGGGAAUUGCAAAGAUAAUUGAGCAAGCAAAGGCUGUUACGAUCUUUAUAUAUGCUCAUCAUACAACACUGUCCAUGAUGAGAACAUGUACAAGAACAGAGAUUGCAUAAGACCAGGAACAACAAGGUUUGCAACUUGUUUUUUGACUAUGCAAAGCCUAUACGACAAGAAGGCACAACUGAUGAGCAUGUUUGGCAGUGAUGAAUGGCAUAGUUGUAAGCAUUCGAAGUGUCUGAAGGGUAAGAAUACAUUUGACACGAUUAUGAGUCAUGGGUUUUGGAGUAGUGUGAAUGUUGUCUUGAAGAUCUUCAGCCCUCUGGUGAAGGUUCUAAAGAUGGCUGAUGGGGAGAAAGUACCUUCUCUUGGAUUCAUUUAUGGUGAGAUUAUCGAAGCUAAGAAUUCUAUCAAAGAAGCUUCAAAUCAUUUGGAGAAGAACUACCUACCUAUCUUUCGAAUCAUUGAUGAGAAAAUGAAAGAUAGGUUAGAUACUCCUUUGCAUGUGGCUGCCUACUUUCUCAAUCCAUAUUAUUUCUACAAAGAUCCAAAAAUUCAAAAAGACUAUGAAGUCAUGGAAGGAUUCAUAGCUUGUGUAGAGACUUAUUAUCAUGGCGACUUUGAGAAGCAGAAUAGAGUUGUCAAUCAGGAGCUUGGUCUUUACAAGAGUAAAAGUGGCUCAUUUGGUAGAACUUUAGCACUCAAAAGAUGCGAGGUUAAAGAUGACAAGUUUGAUCCAGGUUUGUAUGUUCACAUUGCUUGUCUUUCAUUAACUUUUGAUCUUUAUUCAUCAAUACGAGUGAUAUGAUUUUAGGGAACUGGUGGUUAACAUAUGGAUGUGGUACACCAACUCUUCAAAAAAUGGCUACAAGGAUCCUUGCUUUGACAUCAAGCUCUUCAGGAUGUGAAAGAAAUUGGAGUUGUUUUGAAGGGGUUAGUUUAUUAAUUCUCUUACUCUAGGAAUAUGAUUAUUUCUGAAAUUCAAAUUUUUUUUUUAAUUGCAGAUUCACACAAAAAAAAAAGAGAAAUAAGCUAGAUGUCAAUCGCUUAAAUAGCUUAGUCUAUGUGCAAUUCAAUGCAAAACUAUUUAAGAAGCAGAAAAAAAUUAGAGAGCAAAAUGCUGAUGUGAUAUUAGAUGAUGGUAAUGAAGAUACAGUGGAAGAAUGGCUUGUGGGCCGUGUACCAGACAUAGACAAUGAUCUCAAUUUGCUACUUGUAACCCAAGCUCCAAGGGUAAGAGAUUUAUAUGAUGAUGACUUUGAGUCUAAAGAAGAUGAGGAAUAUGUUGUGGACAUGGAGUUUGAACCAGAUGUACAUCAAGAUGUUCCUCUCUCUCAUGAUUCAUAAUCUGCUAAGUAAGGUUAGUAAUUUUAGCUUACUUAGUAAGGUUAGUACGUUAAGUUACAUGUCUCAGUUUUAUAGAUCUUCGUUGUUUUAUAUCUUUUUAUUUGUUGGUGUAUGUUUUUUGUUGCAGGUGUAUGCUAUAAGGUCUAACUCCUAACACAUCUAUCUAAUUCAUGGUGAUUAUCUGAUCUGAAGACAAAAGGACGAAGACUUCAAUCCUUUUUUGUAUUUUGUAUGUUCUCAAGAUCAAGACUAUAUAUUUUGUGUAUCUCAUGAAUUGGAAGUUUUUGUGCUUUUUGAAUUUGAUGGGUAAAGGAGAAAACAAUGUUUAUCUAUAACAACUUAUAUAAUUAUGUCUAAAAUUUUGUAUUUUCAUAUUUAAAAUUAUCUAAAUAUAUUAUAAAUAUAUUAAAUUAUAUUUAAAAGUUAAAACUAGGCCCCGCGUAUAUCCCGCUUAAUCCCCAACUUUUUGAUAACUCGAUAGGCCCGGAACUGCCGCCCGACUAGCGCAUGGCGCAGUUCCGAACAGGGGUUGUAGUCAUACUGAUAGUCACGGCUCGGACUCGGAUCCAAUCGUCUUCCACUAGUAUUCAUUCGCCCCGGACCAGCGUUUGUCCAUGAAUCAACUCGUUUAUCCUUGUAACCAUCCCAGGGAGACAUCUCGAGAUUCGGUGAAUGGGAUAGUUGAAGACGAAGGUUGUGAAGCUCUUUGUGACUCAUAGCUAACUUGCUGAGGGAUGUAUGGUUGAUGCUGUUGCGGCGGUAGCAGCGGCGGAUGAUGUUGAUGAGGCGGCGGCAGAUGCUGAAGAUAGUACGAAGACGACUGAUUAACCGCCGGAUUGGGUGAAAAAUAUUGGCGAUGAGAGUAGUGGUGGCCAUCCUUACGUUGCCCACUGUUAUGAGUUGAUGGAAGAUAGAAAUUAGGGCUAUCGGGAUGAGAUUGGCGAGGAGGCGGCAGCAGCGGCAGAAGGAGAGGAGCAGGAGGAGGAUGAUGAGGAGAGUAAGGAGAAUUCCAUUGGCCGUAACUCUGAUUGUAAUGAGAUGAAUCCAUUGUUGAUUUUGCGCGAGAAUAUUUCAAAUCUUUUUAAAACCGCGUCUUCAUUUUCUUCUAUGCUUUCUGCUGAAAUCGCGAACCCAAGCAAUAGGAUAGAUGACGCCGGAAAUAAAAUAAUAGUACGACAAACGAUUUUUUUUCCCGAAUCAUGGCGGUUACAACUCCUUUUCUUACUUAUUGAGCCUUGGACUUUAUUUAUUUUGGAUCCAAGAUACUUGUGUCAUCUAUUACUACAGAACCUUGAUUGACUCAGUGCCACACAUGGUUUUUUGUCUUUCAAGAGUUGAGUUAAGAUAAGAUAAUCUUUAGGAUUGUGAUAGGCUAUGAAUGAAAUAAUGCAUUUCAACAAGAUAAUGUUAGAUAGUGACAGGUAUGAGCAAAUACAUGACAAAGAAAAUUCACUUUGAUCCAUUAGGAUCAAGGAAUGCACAUAUAGUUGUAAAACAUACCCGCAUUACAAUUAAAAGCUGCAUUUUAUAACUCUAAACCAAGGGAGGGAGGAGGGGGAGUAGAACCCACACCACAACACAUCCACCAACCUAUCCAAAUGAAAAGAAACACCUUUUCUUUCA